AUUUUUAAGGAUUCCAAUCCUAUCUGAAUUCCGAAAAAACUCUUUUAUUUAGGUUGCAUUAACCACAAUCGACGGACUGAUUAAUGAAACACAGUGUAACUGUGAAUUAAGACUAAAAGAUUAAAUAUCUUUUUGUAAAUCGUUACCGGGUGUAGUAUCCGAAGGUAACUUGAGCAUUUUUAGAAAAAUGUGUACCUCCUUUUUCAAAGAUAAGAAAGUUUUGGGUUGUUCCUACCCAUAAUCCAUACCCGAUUACAACUCCUAAAGGAUCUCUAAACACCUACGAACUUGACGGUAUUCAUAACGCUUACCCAGCACAUCGUGGCUAACGGACCGAUAUAAGAUGCACUUCUUUAACAACCAUUUUGUCUUUUGGUGACCAUGCCCACGAAUUUAAUAGUAUUGAGUUCGAAUCCAUAAAGGAGAAUGUUGUUUGUACCAUUUAAUAUACGAAUUGCUUGAAAGGUGGUUCCAGGUCUAAAUCCAGAUAAUAAUGUACCUGACGACCUGUAUAGCCUAUUGGGUAGUGACCCUGCCUAUGAAGGUCGAUGGUCCCGGGUUCAAAUCCUGGUAAAGGAAUUUAUUUGUGUGAUGAGCACGGAUAUUUUUAUAUUAUUCCUAAGUCUUAGGUGUUUUCUAUGUAUUUAAGUAUUUAUACAUUAUAUAUGUCGUUGUCUAAGUACCCACAGCACAAGCUUUAUUGUCUUACUGUGGGAAUUAGUCAAUUUGUGUAAUAAUUUCCUAUAAUAUUUAUUUAGUUAUAAAUUUGAAUGAUAUAUGAAUUCAAGGGAGAGCUCUACCUAUUUCUACGUAUAUCUCUCUGUGUUCAAAUUUUAAAAAUAGCAUAAAACUAUUUAGAUUGGCUUUUAUUUUACCGAGAUUUAAAAUAGGGAGCUCCACAUACGUAAUGAAGGUGUUAUUUACCAACUAAGCUAAAGUAACUGAAGAUCAUACUUAUUUUUAGACUUAAAGUUAUCUUAUUUAUGAUAUAGCCACGCUAACUUGGCAAUAAGAAUGCAUAGAUAUCUUUAUAAGCUACGUACUCGUCACCGACGUAGCCCUUGGCGUGAAAACUUAGCGUAGUCUGCCUCGGCUUAUAGUCUAAUGAGCAAGGUUUUUUAUACUGGUUAGGUACAUGGAGCGAACGACUCGCCUACUGUUAUAAGUAUGGGAAUAAUUUGGCUGGACCGGGUAUAUAAGGAGGAUAGCGGGUGGUACUGGCCAUUCGGAAGACAACUGUGGACUGUCUUUGAACAUGGCUGUCGUGAAGGUUCGAAGCGUGACACUGGUGGUCUGGGCGCUGAUAGCCAGCCUGGUGACAGCUCAGAUCACAUUCAGUCGCGACUGGACGGGCGGGAAACGCGCCCCGGCUCCACUCGACUGUGCUCAGUUCACACGGCUAUGCCGGCAGUUCGUACACGACCUGAAGACCUCGAUGACCGUCUCCGGCUUGGACAAGCACCGACGGCCUGACUCCGAGGACCCCAACUAUGACGAAGACAAAUAAGACCACUGCUGCAGUCUGAAGCUGGAGUCAUUAAGCGAUUUAUAGAAACACACACACAUUAACACAACAUAAAUAUUAACAUUGUAUAAUUUUUGAGAAAUGCCUAGUCUGAUUUUAGAACCCCUUUUUAUAAGAACAUUUUUUGUUUCUUAGGUAUUCUACGUAUACAGUAUUUUCGGCGAAGAAUUGCGCAGAUGCCUAUUUUUGACGUUAAUAAUGUAGUCAGCAAAGCCAUGGGUGUAGGCGGGGGGGGGGGGGGGGGGGGGCAGCUGCCCUCCCUGGACCUCAAAUUUCACGUACAAAUUAUACCCCUCUGCGGCGUCGGCCCCCUACCCUAGGCCUCUGGCGAUAUAAACUUGCCCCCCCCCCCCCCCCCCCCUAGUUUACUGGCUGGCUACGCCCUUGAGCAAAACUAUUAAUUAGCUUGAUGGAAACCCUGCAUAUACAUACAGGGGUGCUAAGGUAAACAUUUUGCUGACUGUACCGAAGUGGCAGCUUUCACAUGCACAAUGCCUUAGUAAGUUUAGGUUUGCGGAAAAUACUAAGUUUAGGUUUGCGGAUCGUAAUUUAUAAACAGUAGCAAAAUUAGGUACAACACUCAAAAGAUCUGCACAGGCUUAUUAGCAAUAAAGCUGUGUGUAGAUAAUUUUGAGACCUUCGUUUGAUUGCUUCUGUCUCUUAACUAUAAAUUAUUAUAAACACUUAAUGACUUUUGCUGUAUAAUGACUUACUACGCCAAAAUGGAAGGCUAUUUUGCAAUUUUUUCUAGUCAUUUUGUGAUUUUAGUUAAGUAUUUGUGGUUUAUAUGUACCUAUCAAUAUUAUUUAUUUGUAAGUUUCUAUACUUGUCUUCCUAUUUUUAAAGGCUGGAUAACCCUUUUACUUUACAUGUAAACUAUCUUACUACGGACACCUAAAAUGCCACUUGUUCCCAAGAGGCCGCGAGAUGAAAAAAUCAUGUUUCUUUAGGUGCAGGCGGCAUUUUAUGACUCAUUUUGAUUUCCACGUCAUUUUAUGCUUCCUGUUUUUGUGAUAUUACUUAGCCUUUGUAUUUUUAGUAAAUCAUUAUUUUUGGUAUACUAUAAACUUAAAUUUUAUUUAAGAUUUUCAUAAUUCUAGAUUUAAGUAAGGUAUUGUAUGUAUGUAAAGAUAAGUAAUAUACAUAUAUUCUAAAGUUAGUGUUACAUGUUAUAUAACAUAUUAUAUCGUUAUUAAGUGAGCGACAAUCUCGAGAAUGCAGCCCCAAAUAAAGCACAUUCGACUA